GAUUCAAGUUGGUGUUUUGGUGACUGGUGUGCACGCGGCAAGCUGCUGAUCAACAGUAGAACAAAAAUAAAGGGAUUUAAUAAAAGAGAAUGGAAAGAACUGAUGAAGAGACGUCGAAACUUUCGCGGACAGAGAUCCGCAAGCAGAAACUUGCCGAAUAUCUGGCAGCGAAAGGACGGUUAAAACCGCCCAAUCCAAAGCCUUAUCUAAGGAACAGUGCUGUUGUGACGAAGUCCCUGGGAGCAGUGCAACAAUCUCACACUUCCACAAAAGGAAAGGAGAACUCAGCCCCCAGUUCCACAGGUGCCAAGAAAGACGUACCAAAAGGAAAAGCAUUGGCAGAAAAGAACAGGAAUUUAAGAUCCCUCCCCAAAGUCUCAUCUGCUGUUUUUCCACACUUACCACUCAAAUCCACCGUUUCCCAAAUAUCCUCUAAGCAGCCAACAACAAACUGCACAGAAACAGCUCGUGCGGUUCGAAAUUCUACUGUAAAAGAACAGCAAAAUAAACCAGCUCUACACACAAAUAUCACAGCUCCAAAGCAAGACAAGAAUAUUAAGAAGGGUCCAGCAUCUGUGUCUAGCCAAGCACCACCUCUUCACAGGUCUUCAACGAAUACACGUACAAACAUCGUCAAGACAGACCUUCAAAAACGCCGUUUGGUCACUGGUUCUGAAACGGUAGCGCACAAAUCUCAAGUCAAGUGUCCUUCUGCGAACGAAUGCCGAACCAACACUGUUCCAAGUUGUACAGCAACAAAAUCUUUCAUUAGUAAACAGGCCACAAGGACGCUGAAGACAACCAAGGAAAGCAACAAUUUCAAUAAAACACACACUGAUCUGAAGAAACCAGUGAACAGGUAUCCAGUAGCAAAGCCAGACAGAUCAGGAAAGACCCAAAAAAAGAUUGAUUCCCAGGAUACACGAUUAUCAAACAAGGGAGGAAAUAAUCCAGGGUUUACUCAAACGCACAAAAGUGUUCCAGUCACAGCCAGGCAAAGAUCAAUCCUCUUGGCGACUUUUCCUAAAACCGAAAACACUUCAAAAUCAACCAGCGCAUCUGUGGCCAGUGUUAAAAAAGCAGCUCCGAAUCAACAGCAACGGCGUACCACGUUUACACUUCCCUCCAAGCCCACUGUCCAAGCUCCAGUGCCACAGACUCUUCCACGCCCAAUCAAGACGUCUAGCCUGACCAGAGGGCCCGUGCAGCCGAAGACUCCCAAGUCAACAUUCAGUCCUGGGACAGAUGGUGUGAGGACUGUUCCCCUGGAUGCUAGAAAUAAACUAACCACUGCUCAAGAAGAGAGACUGCGUAAACUUAAAGAGUGGCGGGAGGCAAAAGGCAUCACGUAUAAACGUCCACCGAUGCCCAUACAGCCAGUGAGGAGGAAGACGACCACUUUUCCUCCUCAGGGAUACUGGAGUACAAUGGAACAGGAAGACGAGGUCCACGGCUUUGUCUGUGCUGUCGAUCGGUCUCUGAACGAUUGCAUCACACUCCUUCAGCAGGGAUGUCCUGUAAACCAGGUGCGAGAAGUUCUCUCUCGGGUGCCAAUGGCACAGAAAUUCACUAAAUACUGGAUCUGCCAAGUGCGGCUGAUGGAGCAAGAGGGUAACCUUGAUGUGCUGCCCAUAUUUGAGGAAGCUGUUCGUGUAGUCAGAGAGCCUGUUGAUGAACUGCGCUCUGUGGUAUUUGAGAUCCUUAAGAAGAAAGAAGCAAAAGAGAGAGAGAAUGAUGGAGGCAGUGAUGGAGAAUACAGUUCCAACGUUUGCACCCCUAAACCUGUCGGUGCACUGAUCCGUGGAGAGAAAAGAGACUCAUCUGUCAUCAAAUACAAGAUCACAACUACUCCUGGUGGGAAAAGGAGCCAGCAGAAGCCAGGGCAUGUUAAUGGCCAUGAAAUCCGUUUCUUCACUCCAGUACGUCGUUCCCUCCGUAUUGAGAGAACAUCCUCCCGUUACCCAGCAGUCCUGCAGGAACAUGACCCCUGCGUGACCACUCUUCAUGAACUCUUGAGUGAAGGAGAAGGCCAGAGGGAGAGCACACGUACAGCAGAGACUCCAACCUCUCCGCUCUAUGUAUACCGAGAGAACGAAGCCCUGAAGGAGCGUGUGCACAUUCAACUCAUUUAUGAUGAUGAUGGUGAUGAUGAUGAUGCGUCGCAAAGCUCAGACAAAACAAGUGCAGUUCAAACUGGUUUAUGAUCCUGCAUGAUGAUGAAAUCAAAAAAAUGAUGCCAUGAUUCUGAGCUUCAGAAUGUUUUUUUAUUCCACAGCAUCAUCAUUUUCACUGUGUUGUGAAAGUGAGCCAUGAUUUUCAGUUUGAAAAAAAAAAUGUGACUCAUAACUUCUUGUUCAGGCUUGUAGUAUUCAAAGCAGGGCAGCAUGGUGGUGCAGUGGGUAGCACUAUUGCCUCACAGCAAGAAAGUUCUGGGUUCGAGCCCAGUGACUGACGGGGGCCUGUCUGUGUAUAGUUUGCAUGUUCUCCCUGUAGGUUUCCUCUGGGUGCUCUGGUUUCCUCCACAGUCCAAAGAUAUGCACUUAGGUUAAGUGGCUACUUUAAAUUGUGUGUGUGUGUGUGUGUGUGUGUGUGUGUGUGUGUGUGUGUGUGUGUGUGUGUGUGUGUGUGUGAAUGGUUGUUUCCCAAGCCUGUAAAUAGGAUGGUUGUGGUAGGAAGGGCAUCCGGUGUAAAACGAUGCUCCAAUUAAUAUGACAAGUGGGUGAGUGUUCAAAGCAGGGAUGAAGAAGACUUUCCUGAUAUCUCUAAAUCUUUAAGAGACUAUUUAACAGUUAUUCCAUGAAAUCAAGUUGUACAUGAGCUGAUAGCCGACAAGGCGCGUAGCACCGAGUCGGCUAUAAGCCAUGUACGAUCAGAUUGAGUGGAAUAACUGUUUUAUUCUAUCCACAUUCACUGGAUUUUGAGAGACAGAGCAUUUAUAUUUUUACUUUUUGCAAAUUCGAUAAAUAAAAAUUUAAUACAAAACAUCCGACAGAAUAAUUUCCGCUUAGAAUGUACACAAACUGGCGAAAUGACAGGAGCGAUUUGUGAAAAAUGUGAUAAUAAUAAUAAUUCCUGCAAAAUAAAAAAUAUACAUUUUAAAAAAGAUGGGCUUUUGUUUUCGAGUAGUUUUUAUUUCAUCCUCAGUUGCUUCAGGAACGUGCUCCGCCAUUUUGUUUUUCUCUACUCACAGUAUAUGAGCUGAUAGCCUAGUAGUAGAGUAGCCAAACAGAGUGCACAAUUGCUCAUAUCCAGUGAAUAUGGAUAGAAUAAAUGAUGAUAUGCGCUUAAAUUGUGGCAAAGAGAAAAGGAGCCAACAUGUUUGGGUUUUUUUAACUCAUUUACAUGCUAAUUUGUUACACUGCAUGAAAUUCUAUGCUCUCACAAUGUUCUACCCGUUUCAUUUGUAUUUAUUGAUGCGGUUUAGUCUUUUCAUGGUUUUUAUUUUCAUUUUAAAAUGCAUUUUAAGCAGCAGUCACUCUAAUUUUUAGUCAUUUUAAGAUUGCCAAUAUCACUCAAUGUAUAUAGUAAACAUUGUCUUGGGAAGUGGGUACCUUGAUAAGGAUGUAAAAUGAUUCAUCAGAACAUAAAAGACCAUAUAUACCAGUACGAUAUAUCAGUAACCGGUUUUACACCCCUAUGUACAUGAAAUAAACCCAAUGCAAUAUUAGUCACUUGUCAGUUGUUAAUACCGAGAGUUUCUCCCAAAGAGAAAACAGAGAGCAGGGUUUGGAUUUUUGUGUAGGUGGCUAUGAUGAUGAUCUUUUGGUUUUUCUUUUAGUGAUGUAUUUAUAACGUACUUUAACAAUAAAAUAACUUUUUGUGCUAGUCA